GAACAACCACGUCCGCACAGGGGAAGGAGGGCAUUGGAGGCGGGGGCGGAGAGGCUGUGGAGAGGCUGUGGGAGAAGGGAGGGACCAGAGGAGAGAGCGAGAGCGGGCUCCAGAUCCAGUUCGCCGACUAAGCAGAAGAAAGAUCAAAAAACGGAGAAGAGGGGACGAGCAAACAGGCGCUUUCAAGAACAAUUGCCUCAUCUGCAAGCGGACCGCGCUCUAGGAAUCCAAAUUCAGUGCUUCCCGAAGACAAAGGCGCCCGAGGGAGUGGCGGCACGACCCCAGGGCUUGGGCCCGCCGCGGAGCCCGCACGGACGGUCUACCCGGAGGGUCGCGGACCAUGUCUCCCGCCCCACGGCCCUCCCGCAGUCUGCUGCUCCCUCUGCUCGCGCUCACCACCGCGCUCGCCUCCCUCAGCUCGGCCCAAAGCAGCUUCAGCCCCGAAGCCUGGCUGCAGCAGUAUGGCUACCUGCCCCCUGGGGACCUGCGUACCCACACACAGCGCAUGCCUCAGUCACUCUCAGCUGCCAUCGCUGCCAUGCAGAGGUUCUAUGGUCUACGAGUGACAGGCAAGGUUGAUGCAGACACCAUGAAGGCCAUGAAGCGCCCCCGCUGUGGUGUUCCAGACAAGUUUGGAGCCGAGAUCAAGGCCAAUGUUCGAAGGAAGCGCUAUGCCAUCCAGGGCUCCAAAUGGCAGCAUAACGAGAUUACUUUCUGCAUCCAGAAUUACACCCCCAAAGUAGGCGAGUAUGCCACACAUGAGGCCAUCCGCAAGGCGUUCCGCGUGUGGGAGAGUGCCACACCGCUGCGUUUCCGAGAGAUACCCUAUACCUACAUCCACGAGGGCCAUGAGAAGCAGGCCGACAUCAUGAUCUUCUUCGCUGAUGGCUUCCAUGGUGACAGCACACCCUUCGAUGGCGAGGGUGGCUUCCUUGCGCACGCCUACUUCCCAGGUCCCAACAUCGGAGGGGACACCCAUUUUGACUCUGCCGAGCCCUGGACUGUCAAUAAUGAGGAUCUGAAUGGCAAUGACAUCUUUCUGGUGGCUGUGCAUGAGCUGGGCCAUGCCCUGGGCCUCGAGCACUCCAAUGAUCCCUCCGCCAUCAUGGCCCCGUUUUACCAGUGGAUGGACACAGAGAACUUCGUGCUGCCCGAUGAUGACCGCAGGGGCAUCCAGCAGCUUUAUGGCAAUGCCCCUGUGUUCUCUGCCCCAGGGAGUAAGUCAGUCCCUACCAAGAUGCCCCCUCCACCCAGGACCACCUCCAGGCCCUCUGUCCCUGACAAGCCCAAAAACCCCACUUAUGGGCCCAACAUCUGUGAUGGGAAUUUUGACACCGUGGCUGUGCUUCGAGGGGAGAUGUUUGUCUUCAAGGAGCGCUGGUUCUGGCGGGUGAGGAAUAACCAGGUGAUAGAUGGAUACCCAAUGCCCAUCGGCCAGUUCUGGCGGGGACUGCCUCCAUCCAUCAACACUGCCUACGAGAGGAAGGAUGGCAAAUUUGUCUUCUUCAAAGGAGAUAAGCACUGGGUGUUUGAUGAAGCUUCCCUGGAGCCUGGCUACCCCAAGCACAUUAAGGAGCUGGGCCGAGGACUGCCUACUGACAGGAUUGACGCUGCUCUCUUCUGGAUGCCCAAUGGAAAAACCUACUUUUUCCGGGGAAACAAGUACUACCGUUUUAACGAGGAGCUCAGGGCAGUGGACAACGACUACCCCCAAAAUAUCAAGGUCUGGGAAGGAAUUCCUGAGUCUCCCAGAGGGUCAUUCAUGGGCAGUGAUGAAGUCUUCACGUACUUCUACAAGGGGAACAGAUACUGGAAAUUCAACAACCAGAAGCUGAAGGUAGAGCCAGGCUACCCGAAGUCAGCCCUGCGGGACUGGAUGGGCUGCCCUUCGGGGGGCCGGCCAGACGAGGGGACUGAGGAGGAAACGGAGGUGAUCAUCAUCGAGGUGGACGAGGAAGGCAGCGGGGCAGUGAGCGCGGCCGCCGUGGUGCUGCCCGUGCUGCUGCUGCUCCUGGUGCUGGCAGUGGGCCUCGCAGUCUUCUUCUUCAGACGCCACGGGACCCCCAAGCGACUGCUCUAUUGCCAGCGGUCCCUGCUGGACAAGGUCUGACCCCCACCACUGCCCGCCCACUCCUACCAUGUGGACUUUGCCUCUGAAGGCCAGUGGCAGCAGAUGGUGGUGGGUGGGCUGCUCCCACCCGUUCCAAGCUCCCUCCUCACCCCCACCUCCCUUCUCUGCCUUGCGACUGGCCCCUCCUACCCUCAUCCCUGGCAUUGCUCUCUUCCCCAGAUGGGUCCCUUGGGGGCUGAACAGGGGCUGCCCCUUCUAGUCCCUGCCCCUCAGGGGCCCCUCUACCUUGGUGUAUGUCCAGCCUCAUCUGAAUGUCUUGGCUCUGCACUUGAAGGCAGGACCCUCAGACCUCACUGGUAAAGGUCAAAUGGGGUCAUCUGCUCCUUUCCAUUCCCUGACAUACCUUUAACCUCUGAACUCUGACCUCAGGAGGCUCUGGGCACUCCAGCUCCAGCAAGCCCCCAGGUAUACCCAGUUGGCAGCCUCCCACCACUCUUUUUAGCUAAAAGGAAUCUAACCUUUUAUGAAGGAAGACCCUGAGAGAGUGUGAGGGCGUGGGAGCUGCAUAGCCAUCUUAAGAUCUUGAAAGGAAAGCUCAGAGAGGGCCAGUCCUCACCACAAAGAUCUGCCUCUCCCCACCCACUAGUGGCCCCUGAGAACUUCACAGAAGGAGCCUGAGCCAUUAAGGAGUAAACUGAGGCUGCAGAAACCCUUGACAGCCCUACUCCCCUAAACGUUAGCCUUGGAUGGAGAUGUCACGGUUGGAAGAGCUGAAACCAGGGGGUGCAGCUACCAGGGUGGGGCCGUGGGGAGAGAUUUGGUCAGGGGCCCUGGGGAUGAGCCUCAAGGCUCAAGUGCAGGCAGCUGGGGCAAGCGCAAGGGGCAGGGCAGUCAGGGGGACAGGAUGGGACCAAAAGGUGCAGCAGGAGUGGACGGCUGGGGACCAAGCAGGCCAGGCCAGCAAGGAUGCCCAACAGGGUGGGCCGUGGCACCCAGGGGAAGGUAUAUUUUACUGGAGCUCUCAGGAAGGGCCUGCUCCUCCUGGUGCCUUCCCUCUGACCAGACGGCGCAGAGGGGAAGAGUGAGGAGCCCAGAGAAAGGAGCAGGGACUGGGGACUUGGCCCUUCGUGAGAGUAGCCACCCACCUACUUAGGGAGCAGGAGGCUCCCCACAGCAGGCAGCCCUGAGUCAGUUUGCCUCAGCCAGCCUCAGGGAGGGGCAGGUGCCUGUACAUUUCUUAUUUCUUUGUCAGGUUACCCCCUCACUUCCUGAUGCCCCUACCCCUCAGCCUAUCCUAUCGGUGUCCUGUGCCCCUCACCCCCACCCAG